AUGAACAAAUUCAUUGUAAUCAUUUUGCUCGGAGUAGUCACGGUGGUGGUCGCUGAAUCUUCUUUGAAAAGAGAUAAGGAUGCCCUCAUUAAAGGUUGGAAAGAAAUGCUCAUGUUAAAUUCUUACUAUUCUCCUUCCUCAUAUUUUAUAGAUCCAGUACAGUGUUUCUUGUCUAAAUAGAUGAGAUAAUAAAUUUAUGUUCUUUUUAAGCAUUGAAGGAAAAAUUCGACCAAUACAAAAAGCAAAAACUAUCGCGUAAGUUAUGUUUUUCUUUUUUGUAUGCAACAUCUGUUUUAUUUGAAAGAAUGUAAAAUGUGCAUAUGUGGAAAAGACGAAAUUAACGUCAAUCACAAUAAACCAAGUUAGGUAAACCAACAUCACAAAACACAUCAUCCUAGGUAAACUCUGACCCAUAUAACUUGCAUGGUUCACACGUGCCACAUCUAGUGAUUUCGUCGACAGUUUUCUCUUCCUGACGGAUUCGAAUAGGUGAACUAGCAAACAGAAGAAUGGCGAUAGAACGGCUUUUCGGAAGUGUAUACACUCAUUCAAUCACAUCCACAUGUAGAAAAUUGUCAAGAAAAUUGCUAGUGUCAGGUUUAAACGCCUGUAAUACAACAGGGCGUUAACAUCAUAACUAAAAACCAAUAACGAAAACUAGAAGUAGCAUUACAAUUAUUUGAAUGUCAUAAUAUUCUAACAUCAUUCUGGACAACAAAGAAUGGAAUAUCAAUUAUAAUUCACUAUUGAUAUCAUGUUUUUAUAAAUACAUUUCGUACAGAAACUAAACAGUCACCAGAAAAUGCCAAUGGUGAUGUUCAACCAUCAGAACCUGUUGUCUCCCAUCAAAAACAACAUGAUAAAGCUGCUAGUGCAAUUGGACUGGCUUUGUUAGACGUAUCGAAGCCAAAAGCAAAAGAAAAGAAAGCAGGUGAUGUAUGCCUAAGAUAUCAAUGUUGAAUUGGCGACCAAAAAUAAUGACAAAAGUCAAACAAAAUCAAAUGAAGCUGAUAAAAAUGCACAAGAAGCUGACAAUUCAAAGAAAGCAGGAACCGCGAAAAUUCAGAAAGAUAUUCAAGUUGAUAAAGACGACGAAGAUGAAAAGGCGGAUAAAAAAGCAGAAGAUAAAAAAGCAGAAAGUAAAAAAGCAGAGGAUAAAAAAGCAGAGGAUAAAAAAGCAGAGGAUAAAAAAGCAGAGGAUAAAAAAGCAGAGGAUAAAAAUGAAGAAGCCAACGAGGAUAGUCAACUGAAAGACGAUGAUGAGAAAAGCAGUGAAGAUUCAGGUGAGCUAACAAGAAACAAUGAAUAUAUUUUAAAAUUAUCCAGAACUAAGAGUGAAUAUGCACGUGCUUCACACGCUGUUCUCACAUAAGUGCUCACACGCUAUUCCUAGAUACAUACGUACAUACAUUAAUGAGCUCACUCUCAUCAGUCGGUUCUCUUUAGUGACCCAUAGGUCUACCGGGCGAAAAAAAAUUAGGGGCAGAAAGAAUAUUGUUCAACAUUUUUCCAUUUUUCCCGACUUUCCCUGUUAAAUGUCCAAUAUUAUUUGCCCAACUUCAUUUUUUCUGGAGGGAAGGGGGGGGGGCUAGUCCGCACGCUUAUGCAGUGGCCGAUUACAUCAAGCAUUAAGCCUUCUUCUAACACCUACUUAGCCUAUGGACUAUUUCUCUUUACAACAGCUGCGAUAUUACUUUAUUUUCCUUACUAUGUUUAACCUAACCCUGUCCGCUUUCCCUGUUGGAGUACACGGGAGUUCACGCGGAGAAAAUUCACGACUUUCGGCAGAGCGUUCGCGUGUUUACGAAGCGAGAAUUGAACGCACGAUCUCAGAGAUGAGAGGCGCUUGCUUUGACGACAUGUUCUCUCAAAUGAAAAUCCAUUCCCACAACUGGAUCAAAAUUAAUAUCAUAUUUGCUGCCGAAGGCAGCACACUACUCUUAACAUGAAGUAUCGCGUUUACUUGUGUCCAGUCUCUUUGCCCGAGUUAUGUAUUGUCGAGAUCUCGAUUUUGAGUCUGUCUGUCUGUCUGUCUGUCUGCUGUCUGUCUGUCUGUCUGUCUGUCUGUCUGUCUGUCUGUCUGUCUGUCUGUCUGUCUGUCUGUCUGUCUGUCUGUCUGUCUGUCUGUCUGUCUGUAAAGAUGGCGUAAUUCCGGGGAAAUAAUUAAGGCUUCAGGAAGUUUUUUUAAACGAGGGGGGCGGUCAAACUUUAUUUUUACGAGCUGAGAUAUUUACAUUUUCAUGAUGCAAAACAUGGACAAUAUUUUAAAUAAUUCAGGUAAGUGAAUAGCUUUAUUUAUUUUUGGCAACAUACCAUGAAGGCAUUUAUAUUUAGAACACAGAAUGCGUAUAAAGAUUAAUGCCCAGCAUAACGUCCGCAAAAGAGCCAUAUAGACAAUAAUAUAGACAUAAAAUUUAUUUAGAAGUACUAAUGUUUCGUCUUUAACCUAAGACAUCUUCAGAGUAAAUGAAUAUAGUAUGACAAUAAGUUACAAAUAUGAAUAAAAAGGGGGGGGGGGGGUGAGGAAUGGAGCUACCUUGCUGAUUCAAAGUAGGUUUGAGCCUUGAGAUGAGACUUUCACGGACGAGAAGUUCAUCUGGAGAGGAACAGGAUGAUAGGAUCUGAAAAUCAUCAAGAGAAGCAGUAUGACCUGAGUGGCUCAGAUGGCAAAAGAUGCUCGUAAGUUGAGGACUGCUACACGUCUUACCAGUUAAGGCAGAAAUACCUAGGUGUUCAGAGACUCGUUGUAGGUUUACGAUAAACAGAAGAUACCAAUGCGAGAGCCAGUAGGAUAGAGUUGUUUAUAGGUUGCCUGCGUGAUCGAUUCAGAUUUCUUCAAUGAGGCUAGAAGGUUCUUAAUUUGCAUGGUUUUCACGCUGCAAUGUUAAUUUGACAGGAUCAACAUCAAGGCGUUCAAAUUUGGUAGUGUCACGCAAAAUAUCUUCCAUUUUCCGGUUGUAAUCGCCACGGUCGAGAAUGACAACUCCAUUUCCUUUAUCUGGCUUCACGAUGUCGAUGUUUUUGUUCUUCUUUAAAUCGUCGAAUGUUUUCAAAUCGUCCUUAGAAAACAAGAAAUCGGGUCGGCUGUAACUGCGGUUGCCAGAGAGCGCGAUAUCUUUCAACUUGGUUUUGACCAGGGUUGGAUAAUAUCCUGAGGAUGAAGAAAUUUGUUCGUCCUUAACUUCCUGUGUAACAUUUCAAACGGGGCAAGGAAGGCACAGCGAUCUAACUUGUUGGGUGGAAUGGCAAAGUUGAGACCUUUCGAGAGGAUUUCCUUCUCUUUGUCCGAGAUUAAGCGCUUUGAGAAAUUGAACACAACCUUGUCCGGGUCGAUUGACGCAUCAUUAUUUGCGGGUCGAUUGAGGCAUCAUUUGAUGCUUUGAGGCAUCGAUUGAGGCAUCAUUUGAUGGGUCGAUUGAGGCAUGGACCGGGUCGAUUGAGGCAUGGACCGGGUCGAGACAUCGACCGGGUCGAUUUAGACAUCAUUUGAUGCUUUGAGGUCUUGUGUAGUUUAUUCUUUUAAGUGUCGAUGCUGUUCUGCGUCGUAUGUGGGCCAAACGGUCCGCCAUCUACAUACACGCGAGCCUCUGAACACCUGGGUAUUUCUGCCUUAACUGGUAAGACGAGUAGCAGUCCUCAACUUACGAGCAUCUUUUCCCAUCUGAGCCACUCAGAUCAUACUGCUUCUCUUGAUGAUUUUAAGAUCCUAUCAUCCUGUUCCUCUCCAGAUGAACUUCUCGUUCGUGAAAGUCUUCUCAUCUCAAGGCUCAAACCUACUUUGAAUCAGCAAGGUAGCUCCAUUCCUCUCUCACUCCCCCAUUCCUAUUACUCUGUAAUUUGAUAUUGUAAAUAGUAAUUUAUUCAUAUUUGUAACUUAUUGUCAUACUAUAUUCAUUUACUCUGAAGAUGUCUUAGGUUAAAGACGAAACGUUAGUACUUCUAAAUAAAUUUUAUUUCUAUAUUAUUGUCUAUAUGGCUCUUUUGCGUACGUUAUGCUCGGCAUUAAUCUUUAUACUACGAUAACGAUUCCCGCCUGGUUCAUCAAUUUCUUUCUUAUUAUAUAGUUUUGAAGUUCUGACUGAUUACAAUCUUAAUCAUUACAAAUGAAUGGUGUCAUCUGAAGCUGAUGUAUUGAAUUAAACAAAAAUGUCAGUUGUUCUGCGACAGGGGUAGUUUUGUAUUAUAGUAUUUCUAUUCAUGAAAUUGUUAUUAAAUUCUACGUGUCCAAUGAUUCAUUCAAGUAUUAUUAUCGUUUAUGUAUAUAAAUAUAAGAUAUUGUACAGUAUUCAGUGACAAGCUAGUCAUGGCAACUGGUCAUGCUAUGCUGAUAGACCUGUAUCUAUUUGUUUUAAUGACACAAAUCAUUAAAAACUUGCAUAGCAUGACCUGUUACUCUGGUUGCUAUGGCUAGCUUCACCACUAAUUAUACUAUUAUAUAUAUUACAUAUGCAAAGCAAGAUGUUACAAACAUUGAAGGUAUUCAUAUAAAACCACAGGGGCCGGUUGUAUAAAAAAGUGAUUAAAGUUAACUAUAGUUAAGUGGAAACGUCAUCCAAUAAGAAGCGCCUAUUUGAGAGUUAAUCACUAUUUGACUACAAAAUAGUGAUUUAAAAAGUGAUUAAGAGUUUUAUACAAUCGGCCUCAGGUGGUCCAGGCUCUGUGUGGGUAUUUAUUUAUUUUUUCAAUUUUUUAUAUUAUGCAUUAAAAAUUUACUUUAAAUUAUAAGGUAUAACUUACUUAGUUUCCUUUAUGUAUUCUUUAUGUAUUUAGGGGUGGUUUUAGUUUGACAUAAUGAUAUAAAAACAUCAUGAGAGUAAUGGCAAAGCGGGAUCAUAUAAACAACCCUUUAUUCAGCAAAUUGUUCAUGCUGCCUUUGAUUCCUUGGGGGGUGAGGCAGCACUUUCCUUGCGAUGGUAACUUCUAGUCGUACAUAAUUUUUACGUACUCGCAUUAGCCUCCAGUUCUCGGUUUCUACUCGGAUUUUCAAUUCUCAUUUUCGAUUUGAAAUCAAAUACAUUGCGUGUAUACUGCGGCAAAACAACAGUUAUACAAUUGAUGUAUCAAUAUUCGUUCUGUUAACAAAAAAGAACCAGGGUAAAACUCAUGAACUACAUGCCCGCCUUAUUGUGCUCACGUUACAAAAGUAAAACUAGGGAUCCAAGGAUAGUGCGAAGUUUCAAAUUGAAAAAGACACUGCUUAUAUUAGGGUCGCCGACACUUACACUACGAAAUAAACAGUUACCAUAGGCAUUUCAUCUCACUAUCUAUUGUUUUUAAUGCGUUCGGUACAUGCGUAGCGCGACGUUUGAAACAAGCCUAACACAUCAGAAACCUUGUGCCUUGUGGAACUGAUACAAUUUAUUUAUUGAUUGUGAUGCUACACGCGACAACUUUAAAUUGUUUCAGCAACAACCGAAUUUUGCAUAUUCUAAAACUUCAUUUGCAUUUGCAAAAGCAUCCCCACGAAGCUACUGAUAUGCUAAACGUAUUUAAAACUAUGAUUAUUCCCAUCAGUGGCGUGCUGGCAGGGGGGGCCGGGGGGCCACGGCCCCCCCCAGCUGGCAAUUUUUGGGGGCGCAAAAACGAAAAGGGGGCGCCUAUCCCGCGCCGAAUUUUGAAAGUGGGUAGGAAGAAACGCAUUCGAAAAAAUAUAGUUACUAAUUCCGCCAAGGAAAGAUGUGUAAGACUUAUAAACAGACUAAGCGUAUAGACGACAAAGUGAGUAUAUUAAAUUGCAGACUGUUUUGUCCAACCGUAUUUGCUACCUCGCGAUUCACACGAAAUCACUCGUUCAUAUAGAAGCAUGAUUAGUGAUCACACGCAAUGUCUCAUUACCGGAAUAUUGAUCAGGCUUCGAAGCGAAUAAGCGAUCACGGGAAUUAUGCCCUUUUUUGCUGGUAUUAUACUCUUAUAUUAUGCCCUUUAUUAUGCUUCACGAAUCACGAGAGCGACGCAAAUUAGAUAGUUGAAGUUAUGAUAAUGUAAAGUUGUGUACGCAAUUUAGUUGUUUGCGCAAGAAACAUCAUGAGUAAUGUAAGUAACGAGAUAUAAUGCUGAAACGCGCCCUUUUGGCAGACAGGCAAGAAAACCUUAAAAUGCAUAUGCGUGGGGUCUGUGUGUUAUUGCAUAAAAGAGCUGCAAGUUGUCAAUGUAUUCAGAUCAGUAGAGAAUAGAAUUGGGAUUGGAUUAAUUGCUGGAAGUAGUUAGCAUUGAACAAUUUAAGUCCUACUACUAAAUUCUAACCAAUUUGCAAAUUUCGACACGUUGUAAUGCCGUUUCCUGACCAUCAGAUUUCUGUCAAAUCUUCCCCCAAAGUCCAGGAAAUGGCUUUUCAGAGACUCUAAAUUCUAAAAUUUUCCUGGGGAGCAUGCCCCCGGACUCCCCUAGACAAACCUCGCACCUGUGGCGCUCGGCUCGUGCCUUCGGCCCUCGUUUAUCAAGCGUAAUAUUAUAGGGGCGCAUAUUGGUUGCCAGCCGACUGGCCCCCCCAGAAAAAUAGUACCCAGCACGCCACUGAUUCCCAUCAUGCAGUGGCGUAGCCAGAACGAUAAUUGGGGGGGCAUAUUCAUAUAUUCGUGUUCUGCUUAAUUAAUUUCUUUUGAAAUCAAUUGUUUUUAUGGUAUGUGAACACGAAUAUAUGAAUAUGCCCCCCCCCCCAAUUAUCGUUCUAGCUACGCCACUGAUUCCCAUCAUCCUUUUAGCGCCCAUAUUGCACAUUUGACUAUUGUCUCAGUGACAACUUUAAUUGAAAUAGAAUAGCUGUGUAAGAUAUGUUAUGAAUAAUAAGCACUACGACGUUGCAUCAUUAAACGAACGCAUUUUAUUCCCAUCCGUUCCGUAUUUUAUCCCCAUAUCCGUUCCGUUGAUCCGCUUCAUCCGCUUCCGCAUUUUAACCUAAAUGUGACAUGUUUCACAACAAGUGUCAACAACAAGCAGUGCUCUCACUUUUAAGGAAUUAUCCUUUAAAAUAGGAAUUUUGAAGAGUUUUAAGGAUUUUUUUAAGGAAUUUAAGUUUUUGAGGAUUUUUUUAAGGAAUUUCCGAAACAUUUUAUCCUGGACUAAAAACGUUUGACGGAGAAUAACCACGCCACGCAAAUGAGAUUUAAACCUGAAAGUAGCAACACUAUAUGCACAUAAUUACAUAUAUUCGUAUGUUCUCUAUGUCGUAAAUGUACAUAUGGCUGUCUUCCCAUUAAAAUUCUCAAAAGAUAAAUGUCAGUGUAUGCUGUUUCUUCUGAAAUCUACAGAUUUUCUAAGUUCUCAGGGCCCUAGCAACCGGGGGAGGGGGAGGGAGGGUGCAACACCCCUAAUAUUGCUCAUGAACAAUUUCAGGUAGAUAUCCUGUAGAUUUUCAGGUAAAUUCAGGUAAUUCUCAGGGCAUAAAAAAGUGAACUCUCUAAUCUGAAUUGGAUUUAACAAUCAAACAAACUAAAGACGUUGAGACGUGUUGUGGCAGGGAGACAAUUGCGAAAUACCCUUUCUGACGAUCUGGAGACUCCAAAUUUCCAAAAUUUUCUCAAUUUCCCAUUAUAAACUGAAAGUAGCAAUACUUAUCUUCAUUGUUAGGCAAUACUAAAAUAUUGGGUAUGAAAGACUCUAAAAAUGCCAUUUCCGACGGUCUAGAACCUUCAAAUUUUCAAAAAAUAUGAUUUUAAAGAACGUUCAGUUCGAAAAAUUCAGGUAAAUCAGGUGAAAAAAAACACUUUUUGCAACUCUGUGAUCAGGCCUUGUAGUAAUUUUACCAAUUUAAGGAAUUUUAAGGAAAUCUGAGGAAUUUUCGGGCUUUUUCUAAGGAAUUUGAAAAUUUGAUUGUGAGAGCACUGACAACAAGUCUCAUUGACCUUUGACUUUAUAUUCCCAGUGUCACGUUGUGUCAUUUUCAGCUUUUCGCAUAUAUUCAAUGUCACUUUAGAUUUCAAUACUUUCACAGUGUUUAAAGCAGUUUUGACAAGCUUUGAUACAGCUCUGCAUCCACGUACCCACAUCUCUGUGUACAAAUUGAUUCUCGUAAGAUCUGGUAGAGUUAUCGUUGGCACUCUUGAGUUUGCACCGUUGUGCUAGACAGUAAACAAGGUCCAUACGGUACGCGUUGGCAACCUCCUUGCUUUUUUCUUCUAUUGCAUAAAGCUUGUUGGCGAGCCAAGCGAUUGGCGAUAACAUUAAAUAAAGAGCUCUGUGAGUCUGUCUCAACUGAUUUCUUUAGUCUAGCAAGUUAUUUUCUUCGUAUUAAAACGCCAUAUAAACACCCGCUUCUGUUUAAUAGUUGUUUAUGCUUGAUAUGUCUGAUGCAAUUUUUCGCUCUUUGCAUUGAGUGUAGUCAUCUAUUCUGUAAUCUGUGGUGUAGCACCUUAUACAGUCAAUGUAUAAUCAAUACACACAGUCUAAAUAAUAUCGAUAGGCACUUAAUGCCAGUAAUGCAUAACAUCAAUUAUAUACUGCGUAGAAUCGGCAAAGAUUUUCUCAAUAUUCAUGUCUGAAAUGUUUAUAUAUUUGAAAACAACACUGUCUCGCUCCUUCCUACGUGCUACCUCUGUAUAAUGAGUAUACCGUGAAAAUAUAAAUAUCGGCACUCAAUUGAACUAGAAUCUCAAAGAUUUUCGACUCAAUAUUUACGUCCGAAGUGUUUAUUAAUAUACACUUGAAAAAAAGCGCUGUUCCUAGCUCUGUAUUAAUGAAUAUACCGUCUAAAUAAUAUCGGCACUUGCUUGAAUGUCCGUAUUUGCAUAACAUCAAUUUAUAUAUUGCGUAGAUUCUCAAAGAUUUACUCAAUAUUCACGUCUGAAAUGUUUUAUACAUUUGAAACAACACUGUCGCCCCUUCCUAGCAUGAAAAAAUCGGGUGUUCCGGGGUAAAUAUCCUUUACACAACACGAGAAGUGAAAGUUAUACAAUUUACAAAAAAUUACAAUAACGAAAACGAUUCCUCGAAAUUUUUUUGAACCUGGCAAAAGGCCUAUAUAAAGAAUAUUUAAAGAAGACAACUGCAAUUACCUAAAAAAAACUUUCAAAGUACUAAGUACAAUAAAUCACUGAGAACAUAAAUCGUAUACACCCCCCGGAAAGUUUACUCUAUGAAUGACUGACUGAAUGACUGAAUGAAUGACUGAUAAGUGUGAUUUUUCGCCACCAUCACAAUAUUGUGAAGUUUCGAAGAAACUUCACACUAACGAGAAGAAUACCUGAUAAUUAGCAACUUUUCGAAACAGUCAUAGUCUUAUUGUCUCAAUUUAACAAAUGCAUAUCGAGAGUAACGCACUCAACGGAAUGCAUGAUGGCUAUCUGUUUUAUUGGGUUUCUAUAGCGUGGCCGUGUUUUGAACAGUUUGAUUAUAUACUCAUUUUUCGCCCGGUAAUCAAUGCAAAUGUAUUUUAGUCCUUCGCUUGGUUUUGGAACCAGAAUUAGGUCACCAACGCUUUGGGAUUUAAGGUUAAUUUAAAUUAAACUAUCUGGCUAAGCAUCCCAGCAACAACAAAUACCAACUCCGAACAAGCAAAAACCAACAAUGAACAAGCACCUAUCAUUAUUCUGAUGCAUUAUUCUGAGGUUAUUUCUGAGCAGUACUGUAUAACCGAGUAGAGGAGUUAUGAAUAUUCUGAGUAUAUGUACCUCACCUGAACUUUCACAACUCAUUCACAUCCAUCAGAAGAAAAUCGCAUUUAAAAUCGCAGCUAGGUAGAUAUAAACGGGUCUUCAGUUAUACCUCCUUGCCUUAAGAAGGAUCCAUAUGCCAUGCAUGCGCAAUCAAUACGAGAUGAUAACAUUUUUGUAUUUUAUGUUCAGGAAAGAAAGAAGAGAAAAGCUCUAAGAAGAAGUUCAAAAAGCUGAAGAAAACUGCCGAGGAACUAAAAGAGUCUGCAAAACAUCUCAAGGAUAAAGGUACGUAA